AUGUACAAGCUGCCCCUGAUAGGAGAUCAUACAGCCUAUCAUGGAAUGUCUCAGAUAGGAGUGACGUGUCGACCGUCCUCUCUCCUAAACGUCCCCGGCGGUCCCUGUCCGUCUCACUGCACCGUCCAGAGUCGGGUUUUGGUGGAAAACAGUCAUUUCAUUCUGUUACAUAUAGUAUGUUGUGUUAUGAUGUGUUAUGGUAUGGUACGAUGUGUUAUGGUGUGGUGUGUUAUAGUAUGGUAUGGUGUGUUAUGGUACGGUGUGUUAUGGUACAGUGUGUUAUGGCACGGUGUGUUAUGGUGUGGUGUGUUAUGGUAUGGUAUGGUGUGUUAUGGUGUUAUAUGGUGUGUUAUGGUAUGGUGUGUUCUGGUGUGGUGUGUUAUGGUAUGGUAUGGUGUGUUAUGGUAUGGUGUGUUAUUGUAUGGUACUGUGUGUUAUGGUGUGUUAUGGUAUGGUACGGUAUGGUGUGGUGUGUUAUGGUAUGUUACUGUGGGUUAUGGUGUGGUGUGUUACGGUAUGGUAUGGUGGGUUAUGGUGUGGUGUGUUAUGGUGUGUUAUGGUGUCUUGUGGUGUGGUGUGGUGUGUUAUCGUGUGUUAUGGUAUGUUAUGUGUGUUAUGAUGUGUUAUGGUGUGUCAUGGUAUGGUGUGGUGUGUUAUGGUAUGGUAUGGUGUGUUGUGGUGUGUUAUGGUAUGGUGUGGUAUGUUAUGGUGUGUUAUGGUGUCUCGUGGUGUGGUGUGUUAUGGUAUGGUAUGGUGUGUUAUGGUAUGACACGGUAUGUUAUGGUGUGGUGUGUUAUGGUUUGUUAUGGUGUGUUGUGGUUGUGUUAUGGUGUGUUGUGGUGUGGUGUGGUGUGUUAUGGUGUGUUAUGGUGUGUUGUGCGUGGACCACCACAGCAGUUCCAUCUCUACUGGAUUCUUCCAGUUUCGCCUGAGGAGAAACUGUUUCACCUACGGGAGACCAAACACCUACAGGCGUCCUGA